GUCCGCAGUCCGUUCCGGAUUCCGGAGUCCAUUCCAUUCAUUCGUUUCGGUUUUCAUUGGUUUUCUCGUGCUGUUAGGCUUUAGUGGUUAGUGGUGCACGUGAAAACUCCUCGUGGUAACAGUAACAGUAAUAGUAACAGUAACAGUGACGAAAAGAGAAAAAGUCACGCGUCCUGUUGGCCAGUCACAUCUUUUCAAGUUAAUAUUGAACUAUGUCGUGGAUUUUUGGAUACCGUAACGCACAACCACAAGACUUUUCGCAGUUCGUGCAAGUGCCGGCGUCCGGUAAUGCUGCUGGCGAUGGAGAUGGACCCCGUAUACCGCCGACUACCAAGUCUCAAAUGGAUGCCUACCGAUUCGAUUCGAGUGCGCUGGAGAGAGCGGCAGCAGCUGCCAAGGAACUCGAAAGAUCCCAGCAUGCCAAAGAAGCAUUGGAACUUUCUAAGCUGCAAGAAGCAACCAAACAGGUUGAAAUGCAAACGAAAUUGAAAGAAUACGAGGCCAGCAUUGAGCAAAUGAAAGGAGAUCAAAAACGUAUAGAAGGGGAAGAAAGAAGGAAAACUAUGCAAGAAGAAACUAAACAGCACCAAAUGAGAGCUCAGUAUCAGGAUCAGCUCGCGAGAAAGCGAUACGACGAUCAAUUGAUACAGCAACAGAGAAUGAACGACGAGAAUUUAAGGAGACAAGAAGAAUCAGUAGCGAAACAGGAAGCGAUGAGAAAAGCUACGAUAGAACAUGAAAUGGAUUUGAGACACAAAAACGAAAUGAGGAAGUUGGAGGCAGAGCUCAAAGCCAAAGCAAAGAUCGACAGAGAAAAUCAGGAUUUGAAUCUAGAACAAAUCAGGUUAAAGGCAUCCGAGAAAAGAAUCACAGUUUUGGAGUCUAUAAAAACUGCAGGUUCGGUAUUAGGCUCCGGUGCAACAGCUCUUUUGCAAGACUGGGAUAAAAUAGUUGCUGCCGCUGGUGGCUUAUCUCUAUUAGCUUUCGGCGUGUACACGGCAAAAGGCUCAACGGGAAUUGCAGCGCGAUACAUAGAGUCGCGCUUAGGGAAACCCUCUUUGGUUCGAGAAACUUCUAGGUUUACGGUACUCGAUACAUUACGACACCCUGUCCUAGCGGUGAAGAAACUGAAAAAUAAACAGACGGACGCUCUGUCCGGCGUUGUUUUAGCACCAAAACUUGAAGAAAGAUUACGCGAUAUCGCGAUAGCUACGAAAAACACGAAACAUAAUCGUGGUAUGUAUAGAAAUAUAUUGAUGCACGGUCCGCCGGGAACCGGUAAGACUAUGUUUGUUAAAAAAUUGGCGGAACACUCGGGUAUGGACUAUGCAAUUGUAACUGGUGGUGAUUUGGCACCGUUGGGUCGAGACGGCGUAACUGCUAUUCACAAAGUCUUCGAUUGGGCGGCAACGUCCAGAAAAGGACUUUUGCUCUUCAUCGACGAAGCGGAUGCCUUUUUGAGAAAGCGAUCGAGUGAACACAUUUCAGAGGAUCUGAGAGCAAUGUUAAACGCAUUUUUGUAUAGGACGGGUGAACAGAGUAACAAGUUCAUGUUAGUUCUUGCUUCUAAUACUCCGGAGCAAUUUGAUUGGGCCGUAAAUGAUAGACUAGAUGAAAUGGUAGAGUUUCGUUUACCGGGACCAGAGGAACGCGAACGUCUAGUUCGUCUUUAUUUCGAUAAAUUUGUCCUUCAACCUGCAAUCGAGGGCAACAAGAGAUUGAAGAUUGCACAAUUCGAUUAUAGCACGCUUUGUAGUAAAAUAGCUCAAAUGACCGAGGGAAUGUCCGGAAGAGAAUUAGCAAAAUUGGGUGUUGCGUGGCAAGCGGCUGCGUAUGCUUCCGAAGACGGAGUGCUAACGGAACAAAUGGUUAUAGAUAAGUGCAUGGAAGCCGUCAAGCAACAUAAGCAAAAGGUACAAUGGCAAAGCGAACAAGAGAAGCAAGAAGCAAAAUCAAUUUAUGCCACAGAGAAGGAAAUAGUUCAACCGAUAAAAUCGAAACCUAUGAUCGAAUCAGCAUCGGAGACCUCAGUCGCGACGGCUUAAUAGAGAAGCACAAUCGCGUCAACAUUUAAAAUACAAUAUUUUAAUAAGAAACGAUUUAUUACUAAGUGGAGACGAAAAAGGUACAAAUAACAAUGUUAAGAAGACGAAUUAAAUGUACAGUUUUCGUUUUCUAAGCAAGCCGGGCGUGUAUAAAUAUUGUUAAGUAACGGUA